GGCCUGCUACAACCUGAUGGACUUUGAGGCGGUGGCCCGCAAUGUGAUGAAGAAGACGGCCUGGGCCUACUACUCCAGCGGCGCUGAUGAUGAGAUUACCAUGCGUGAGAACCAUUCCGCAUUCCACAAGAUCUGGUUCCGGCCUCGGGUCCUCGUUGAUGUCGAGCACGUGGACUUCUCCACGACGAUGCUGGGCACCAAGGUGGCGGCACCGUUCUACGUGACGGCGACGGCGCUGGGCAAGCUGGGCCACCCGGAGGGCGAGGUGAUCUUCACGCGGUCGGCGCACACGCAUGACGUGAUCCAGAUGAUUCCGACGCUGGCGUCGUGCUCGUUCGACGAGAUCGUGGACGCGCGGCAGGGGGCACAGGUGCAGUGGCUGCAGUUGUACGUGAACAAGGACCGGGAGAUCACGAAACGGAUCGUGCAGCACGCGGAGGCGCGCGGGUGUAGGGGUCUAUUCAUCACGGUGGACGCGCCGCAGCUGGGGCGGCGCGAGAAAGACAUGCGGUCUAAGUUCUCGGACGUGGGGUCCAGCGUGCAGGCGUCGGGCGGCGACAGCGUGGACCGGUCGCAGGGGGCGGCGCGCGCCAUCUCGUCGUUCAUCGACCCCGCCUUGUCUUGGAAGGACAUCCCCUGGUUUCAGUCCAUCACCAAGAUGCCCAUCGUGCUGAAAGGGGUGCAGUGCGUCGAGGACGUGCUGCGCGCCGUCGAGGCCGGCGUCCAGGGCGUCGUCCUCUCCAACCACGGCGGCCGCCAGCUCGAGUUCGCCCCCUCCGCCGUCGAGCUUCUUGCCGAGGUCAUGCCCGCCCUGCGCCAGCGCGGCCUCCAGGAUAAGAUCGAGGUCUACGUCGACGGCGGCAUCCGCCGCGCUACCGACAUGCUCAAGGCCCUCUGCCUCGGCGCCAAGGGCGUCGGCAUCGGCCGCCCUUUCCUCUUCGCCAUGUCCGCCUACGGCCAGCCCGGCGUCGAGCGCGCCAUGCAGCUGCUCAAGGACGAGAUGGAGAUGAACAUGCGCCUCAUCGGCGCCAACAAGAUUGAGGACCUCAAUCCCGGCCUGGUGGAUGUCCGCGGCUUGGUCGGCGGCCACAAUGCCGUCGUGCCCUCGGAUACCCUGUCCGCGGGCGCGUAUGAUCCUCUGGUCGCGCCGCGGUUCAGCGAGAAGGCCAAGUUGUAGGUGCUCAUGGGGGUGUUCGUCCUGGUUCUUGCUAUGACCUUAGUUUGGUUGUCUCCGUUCUGUUCAUAUAUAUGUUCCUAUACCCUAUAGUUAGACCCUCUAUCUGAUUGCAUUCUUCAAAAAAAAAAAAUAUUGAUGAGAUGACCCUGCUUGUGCUUGUAUUCAUGAUAGAGAUUCUGAUUCUAUAAGGUGAACAAGCAACCAAGUAGUUUCUUAGUGCUUGGAUGUCUUUGCAGCAGAAUAUUUCAUAGUGAUAUAAACGCCUAAUGC